UGCAAUACAACGUCAUCAGUUCACCAAUUUGUGUAACCUAAACGCAGCGUUUUGACUUUCCCAAUUACAGAGCGAGGGUUAGAGAGAGAGGGGAGCUUGAGGCUGAGCUCUGAUGGCGGGGAAGCCCCAACCGGUUCGCGUACUGUACUGCGCGGUGUGCAGUUUGCCUGCAGAGUACUGUGAAUUCGGACCCGAUUUCGAGAAAUGCAAGCCAUGGUUGAUCCAAAACGCCCCGGACCUUUACCCGGAUCUCGUUAAAGAGGCUAAUGCUAAGGAAAUUGAUAAAGUAGCCAACCAGUUGCAGUCCACUGGUAUUUCUUCUGGAGGUGGUGAUGGAGCUGCUUCUUCAGCACCUAAAGAAGAAGUCAAGCGUCUUCCAGGCGGGAAGAUUAAGAAGAAGGAUAAGCAAGAAGUUACGAUUGAAAAGGUUACACGUAAUAAGCGAAAAUGUAUCACCACUGUGAAAGGACUGGAGCUUUUUGGUGUCAAACUUAGUGACGCUUCAAAGAAAUUGGGUAAAAAGUUUGCUACAGGAGCCUCUGUUGUUAAGGGGCCAACUGAGAAGGACCAAAUUGAUGUUCAAGGAGAUAUAGCCUAUGACAUUGUGGAGUUCAUUACGGAUACUUGGCCUGAUGUCCCAGAAGCUGCAAUUUUCUUUAUUGAAGAUGGCAGGAAGGUCCCUGCUGCUUGAACAGUAUCUGCGGCACACAAAUAAGACGGAGUGCUAUCAAAGUAAAGGACCAGUGAACAUACUCCUUAAAGUAAAGGACCAGUGAACAUACUCCUUAAAGUUCCAAGAGUCCGAUUGCCAGUGAGAUGUUUGCCCCUCGAGUCACUAGUUAUCUUGGUUGCAAGAAUAUUACAUUUUUUGCAGUUAAAUUGUAUUUCGAGAUCUGUAUUUUGCUUUGUAGGGGUAAUGGUAUAUGCUACUUGCUCUGUUCUUGUGUGUCUCACAUAUUACCUAAGGUUGAUCCUCAUGUUGCAGACCUAGCUGCUGCUUCCUGCAAUCUUUAAGCUUCCGUGAGUUAACAAAUAAAAAACAUAUUCAAAAUUUUGGUUUAC